AUGCCUGCCAUGACGAAGAAGACUGAACCUGGUGAUAUCAGGCAAUUGUUUGAACGAUUGAUGAAGGAGAUUGGAGAACCUGUUGAAUUUGAACUUCCUGAUUGGUUGAAUAAAUGGAAGCCUAACUAUAGCAUCAUAAAGCGCAAUAUAUAUCUAACAAAGAAGGUUAAGAAACGAAUAAGAGAGGAAGAUGAUGGAAUAUUCUGCUCUUGCACCUCAACACCAGGUUCUUCUGCAGCUUGUGGUAGAGAUUGCCACUGUGGGAUGCUAUUAUCAAGCUGUUCCUCUAACUGUAAAUGUGAUAAUUCAUGCCUCAAUAAACCAUUCCACAGACGCCCUAUGAAGAAAAUGAAGAUAGUGCAGACUGAAAAAUGUGGGUCAGGGGUUGUUGCUGAGGAAAACAUCAUGCGAGGAGAGUUUAUUAUUGAAUAUGUGGGAGAAGUUAUUGAUGACAAAACAUGUGAGGAAAGGCUAUGGAGAAUGAAGAGACAAGGAGAAACAAAUUUUUAUUUGUGUGAGAUUAAUCGUGACAUGGUGAUUGAUGCUACAUUCAAAGGAAACCAAUCAAGAUAUAUAAAUCAUAGUUGUUCUCCAAAUACCGAAAUGCAAAAAUGGCGGAUUGAUGGUGAAACAAGAAUCGGGAUUUUUGCAACUCGGGAUAUAAAAGAGGGGGAGCAUUUGACCUAUGAUUAUCAGUUUGUGCAGUUUGGUGCAGACCAAGACUGUCAUUGUGGGGCAAAAGGGUGUAGACAGAAACUUGGAGUCAAACCAAAUAAGUCAAAGUUUCCUUCUUCAGAUGCUGCUUUAAAGAUGGUUGCAUGUCAGGUGGCUAUAAAUUCUCCAAAAGUAAAAGCACUUCUUUCUGGGAAAGAUGCUUACAACUAUGGUGUUCGACAACCAGCAUAUUCGAGACAUGUCAUUGAUGAAACAAGAAUACCUCAUAAUUGCAUAGGGGAAGUUCUCAGAAUAGUACGCCCUGCUUCAACGAGUUCAUUUGGUAUGAUCAAACGGUUUGACAUCAAUACAAGAAAACACCUUAUCAUGUUUGAAGAUGGUGUGACUGAGCUUCUUGAUUUGGCGCAAGUUGAUUGGGAGCUUUGUAACUUAGUAAGCUUUUUACAGGGGUAAAACCGUAAAAUCCUCUCUUGACACAUAAAGUGUUGUUUAUAAACCUCGUGGGCUGAAACAUAGAUGCAAAAGGUAUCAUCUUGAUCUCACUGACAAAGUGGUAACUCAAACCCUCGGUGAGUUUUUCUUUUUGGUGCAAAUUUUAUUUUAAGGGGUGUUGCUCAAUGCAAAAUCCUUGGGUUCUAUAUGUUGUUUGUCAGUGAUGUUUUGAGCUCUUGAACACGUUUUAAUUCUUUGUAAAUUUGCUUGAUAAUUGUGAACGAAAUAUUGUUUUUGGUUAGCCUAACCUUGUCAUUUAAUGAAAGUUUUAUGAUUUGUUAA